AUGUCGUCGCCUUUCAUUGUUUCAUUAAUUCUUUGGAAUCAACUUCCCAAAGCUUCUGUGACUGCUAUUGCUUAUAAAGACGGUCAUAUUGUAACUGGUCUUAAAGAUGGUAACAUAUGGAUAUACCGAUGUAUUAUAGAUGAAAAAGGAUCUAUUCAGUUACAACAUAAAGUACUUUGCGUAGGACAUAAAACCCCCAUUGCUGCUUUAACCAUUCUAGAAGAUCAGAUUGAUGGCUGCGCAGGAAAUAAUCAUGUACUUAUAAGUGCUUCUGAAGAUGGAGAUGCUAUGAAAUGGUGUUUAUUAGACGGAAGAUGCCUUUUGUCGGUUUCCAGGGUUUUUGAUGGCAUACUAAGAAAUAUCAAACCGUUAACUAAAUAUCCUCAGCCGUCAAAAUAUUUAUUAUGUUAUGGCUUUUCAAAUGAAAUCCUGGUUCUAAAUAGUUCUUCUUUAGAGAUCAUUAGAGUGUGGGCAGGACAUAAUGAUUGGGUUAUUAUUACCCCAUUUUAUGAUUCAGAUGUUCGACAAACAAGGUUAUUAACAUCAAAUUUUAACGGAGUUCUGAAAAUAUGGGCAUUUGAUGAAGUUAAACAAACAAUAUUAAAAGAACAUGACAAUAUUGGAUUACUUGAUGCACAAGGUGAUAAAAUACUGGAAUUAAUUAAUAAUCCUUAUGAUAUAGGUGUAAUAAUGGCAAUAUUCACAUUAAAAAGAGGUUUGAUAUUCAAUAUGCAUCAUAUAAAAAUAUCCAAUGAUGAUAAAUAUUGGGUUAAUGGCACUUUUAUGACAAAAAAUAGAAUAAUUUUAUGGACAAAGACUGGGGAUGCAUAUUUAUAUUCAAUUCCAUCCACAGAUAGAAAAUUUCCAUCAGAAAAUGGAUAUUUCCUUACUAAACCUACCCUUACCAGGCAUAACUCCUUACCAAUUUUUCCAAAUUCUGUCGUGGAAAACGCAACCUCUUAUAGUAAUUGUAUUAUAAAUGACGCAGUAACAACAGUAUUUAUGAUUUCUGGGAUUGAUAAUAGAAAAUUAAAUAAUAAUUGGUAUCUGAUUACUUUUUACAACAAUGUUGAUGACACCUCAUUUGUAUGGAAAUCGUUAUCAACAUUUCAAUAUGAAAAUCACAAUAAUGAUAAUAAUCAAGCUAUAAAUUUACGAGAAUCGAAAUAUUCUUCUGCAAUUGGUGAUGAAUUAAUAGCAGUUGGUUUUGAAAAUGGAGAAAUUCAUAUUUUCCCGAUACAUAUAGUACUUGUAAAUUUUGAAAAUAUUUUACAACAAAUCCAAACAACAACAAAUCCCUCCUCUUCCUUCUCUUCUUCCAACAACAAUCCAAUCCAGAUUUUUAAAGGUCAUAAUGGUAAAAUUACUUGUCUUUAUAAACCAACUAUUAGCAGCCAUGGUGGUAAAUAUUUAUUAUCGGGUGGUGAGGAUUGUUCUGUAAGAAUAUGGGAUUUAGAAAAUGGAAAAAGAUUGGCAUCAUUUACAUAUCACGGACAGCAAGUUACGCAUUUUUUUGAACCUCCAUUAGAAGUAUGUCCAAGAAUUAGAGGAUGUGUAGUUUCUUACGCAAAAGAUAAUUCUUUGGCUAUUAUUUCAUUGGAGGAAAUGAGUUGUGAUGAGACAGCACAUAUUUGGCAUACGCAAAAUUCAGAACUGCAUCAAAUUUUUGUAGGAUCAAAUGCAAGGGAAAUGUUAAAAGAUAAAUCAUGGAAAAUAAGCUCAAUACCGCAAAAAAAUGGAUCAAUUGAUAAUAAGAAUAAUAAGUUUCAAACAAUAACAUCAUAUCCAAUUAACUCUCCUGAUGAUGGAAUCACAUAUUUUUAUGUGUUUUUAAUAAACAUCAAACAAUUAAUAAACGACAUUUAUCAUUAUCAUGUUUCACAAAUCGGUUCAAAAUCAAGCAGAUCAACAGAAACAACGACAGCAGGAAUGAUGAACGAAGAAUUUGAUGAAAAACCUAUUUCUAUCUCUAAAAUAUUUUCAUGGACAACAAAUAGUUCUGCUACUCGUUCUGCUCCAAAUUUAUUACUAUCAUCAACUACACCAUCAUCUUCUUCCAUCUCUUCUCCCUCUUCCAAUCUCAUACAACAACAACAAUCAGAAUGCAAGGCUAUUGAUGCUAGAAUUGUACAAGCUAUUGUUUCUUCAUUGAUGUCUUGGGGAAAUGAUCCUACUCUCGAUGGUAUUUGUAUAGAAAAAUUAGGAUUAAAAACUCCCUCUGAUCAAUUAACGUUUGGAUCAAAAGGAACAAAUGGAAAUUUAUCAAUUGUUGCACCAUAUCCUAAGGAUGGUAAAUCGGUUUGGAGAAUAUCACAUACAAUGACAGCAGCUCAUUUAUUAUCAAUCGUGGGUUUGACACGCUCAUUUCUAUCAAUGAAAGGACUAGAAAAAUACACAAGUGAUAUAAUUACGCAUUAUGGCACCUUUUUGCCAGAUCUUGUUGGUGAAAAUUUUUAUCACUCAUCUUUAUCUUUUCUAGCUAAAUAUUUUCAAGAUCCUGUUGAUGACAUUCGACUUGCAGCAAGAACUUUAUUUUCUUCAUCAUUAAACAACAUGCCAACAGAAGAGCAACAGUCAAUUAUAGAUUAUUGGAAGCAAUUUUUACCGUCAGUGACAUCACCGGAAAUAUUUACCAAUCAAUACAUGGUUAGAUCUACAAUGUUACUUGGAAUUAUUGGGGCAGAAUAUCCUAAAGUUUUAUCAAAAAAAGUUGCAAAGAACACCGCUUUAUCAUUAAUUUUAAUGUUUCACGACGAAACAAAGUUGGCUAAUCGAUUGAUUGCUUUGGAAUUAUGUGUAGCAGUUUUAAAAACAAUAUUUGGAUUUGCAAUAGACACCGAUUCAAAUAUUUUAGCGAUUAUGGCACAAAAAACAGUAUUUCAAAUAGCUUUGGCCAAUACACCAUUAUUUGUAUCAACACUAACCCAUGACACUAAUAAUUCCGAAAAACCUACAGAAAAAAUAGGAUUUCUUAAAUUAAUAUCAAUGUUUAUUCGUAAAAAACCACUACUACUAUAUACAAAUCUGUCAUCUUUAGCUGAAGCUGUUGUGAAAUCAUUGGAUCCAAAUAUACCAAAAAUGAGAGAUUCUGUUCUACCAAUUACUACUAGUGUUUUAUAUGAUUUAGUAAAAAAUUUUCCUUCUAUAGCCUUUCACGGUGAAUCCCAAAAGCUUGCAGUUGGAACUUUGGAAGGUGCCUCGAUUGUAUAUGAUUUACUUACUGCAGUAACUUUUUCAGGUGAUGGACGCCUAAUUAUAUCAUGUUCACUUGAAGAAGGUACAGUCCGUGUAUGGAAUAAUAGUCCAGGAUUAUUAGGUAUGAUAGCAGGAUCGUUAUCAUCUAAUAAUACUUCUGUUAAUGGUGGUGGUAUGAUCAACAAUAAUGGUGGUGGUAGGAAUGGUAUUUUAAGAACAACAGAUGGCGGGGGUAUUGUUAGUAAUAAAAAAGGAUUUAAAACUUUAUCGAGUACUUUAAGACCCACUAAAACUUUCCCAUUUAAUCUGGGAGAUGACGGUAAUUAUUUAUAUAUUUAUUUAAAAUAA